UCCCUGGCCUUCCACUAGCCAUGGCCGCAAACAGUAUGUCGGACCCACGGAGGCCAAACAAAGUGCUGAGGUACAAGCCCCCGCCGAGCGAGUGUAACCCGGCCUUGGACGACCCGACGCCGGACUAUAUGAACCUACUCGGCAUGAUCUUCAGCAUGUGCGGCCUCAUGCUCAAGCUGAAGUGGUGUGCUUGGGUCGCUGUAUACUGCUCCUUCAUCAGCUUCGCCAAUUCCCGGAGCUCGGAGGAUACCAAGCAGAUGAUGAGUAGCUUCAUGCUGUCCAUCUCUGCCGUGGUGAUGUCCUAUCUACAGAACCCUCAGCCCAUGACGCCCCCUUGGUGAUGGCCAGUCUAGAGGAGUCACAUCCUGGACCCCCUCUAUCCAUCUUCCCUCAGGCCUGGCCUUUGACUGCUCAGCCUCCUGCCCUCAGCUGUUGUUUGGGGCUUCUCUGGGUUAGGUGGUCUCAGGGCUCUCAGCUGAAUGGAGGGAACCUGGCCCUUUCCUUGGGGCCCCCCUUUGCUAGGGUGCAAGGGGAACAUCCUAGGCCUACACCUGUGCCCUUCUCCCUCAUCCUGCCUACUGCUGGUGGAAGUGCUGUCUAUGUUUCUGGGCACUUCUUUUCAGGUUGAAAUCAGUUAAUAAUAAAGUUUUUCACUCUAGCCUUCCUCUGCAACCUGUCUCCUGUGUCCUUAGGGGUGGCCCUCUCAUGUGGGUAAGCCUCUAGCCUGGGAUGGAGGCCCCAGUUUGGAACUUUUAGGUUUAUUUAUUUCACAAGUCUUGUUUCUAAAGUCAGGCGUCAGAGAUAGGGCAGUGACCCCUGUCCUCAGCAACUCAGCAGAUAGGCCUGCUGACCUGAAGAAUCUGGGCUUUGGUUUUCUUAUCAGCUUAAUGGGAUAAUAUCUGUAACCUAAAUAGAACAGUAGGAAUUAGGAAGGGCGUGAAGGGCUCAGGGUCUUUCCCCUACCUGUUAGGCUAUACUCCAGGGGCAGAGAUUAGACACCAGAGGACC